UGCGUCUUCCGGAAGCAAUCCUUUAAUCAACUUUAGACAAUCCUCUUUUACUUUUAACUUGAUUUAGACCAGAACAGACGGAGCUACCGCUGCACACAAGAAGCUGCAGGAAUUGAGCAAAAUGAAGCAACUGCAAAAGAGACGAUCUAGUCUGUUUGCCAAUCUCAAAAUCGGAGAUACUACAAGUUUUUCACAAAGUAUUGAAGAAGAAGAAAAUUACAUCCCAUUUGCCUUGGACAGUUCAGUCAAACAGUGGACUUCUGCUCACCACUUGGGCCCUGAUGAGGAACAGACUGAAAACUUGCAGAAUAAACACCAAUUUCUGAACAUUAAUGUUGGAGGGAGUUGUUUUAAGAUUGUUCACAAAGCCGCAGCGAAAUUCCCAAAGACCAGGAUCGGGAAACUUGCGACAAUGCAGGAUCCUGUGAGGAAACUGGAAUUGUGCGAUGAUUAUUCUGUCCAAACCAACGAGUACUUCUUUGAUCGCAAUCCCCAGAUAUUCCACAGUAUUUUUCACUUCUACCAAAGCGGCACCUUGUGGAUCAUGGAUGAAUCGUGUCCCACGAACUUUGUGGAGGAAAUCCGUUACUGGGGCCUUCACAUCAAGUACACUCAGCCUUGUUGCCGCAUACUAUUUGAAGAGAAACGAGAUGAACUGAAGGAAUAUCUUAAAAUUCAGAAAGAACUUCAAGCGGAAGUGGAUUUUGAGGAACAUGAAGAAACUUUUCAAAAACAGUGUCUUGGAGAAAUCCGAAGAAAAGUCUGGAAUUUGAUGAAAAAUCCUUAUUCUUCAAUCAGUGCAAAGCUCAUGGCGAUUACAUCCAGUCUCUUUGUUCUGAUUUCGGUUGUGGCCAUGACACUGAGCACAGUGCAGGAACUCCAGAUACAGAGACCCAGCGGCAAGACUUACAUGGAAAUGGUGGAAAAUAUCUGUAUCGUGUUCUUCACUGUUGAAUAUUUACUCCGAAUUUUCUCUGCUCCAAAAAUAAAGCAAUUCUUGAAAAGUGUGUUGAACACCAUGGACCUGUUUGCUGUUCUCCCGUUUUAUAUCCAGUUUGCCCUGGAGCACUACAUUGAGGAAGGAGCGUUGCAUUAUUAUGAAGAUAUUGAGGCUGUCGAAAGGGUCGGAAAACUUGGACAGAUUUUAAAAAUUAUCCGUCUCACCCGCAUAUUUCGUAUCUUGAAGCUGGCUCGCCACUCCACAGGCCUGCGGGCAUUCGGCUUCACCCUGCGCCAGUGCUACCAGCAAGUGUGCUGCCUCCUGCUCUUCAUUGCUAUGGGCAUCUUCACCUUCUCUGCCCUCAUUCACUCCGUAGAACACGAUGUUCCCGGCACCAACUUCAGCAGCAUUCCAAGUGCUUGGUGGUGGGCGGCAGUUAGCAUCUCAACUGUAGGCUAUGGAGACACAACACCAGAAACCCUGCUGGGCCGGAUUGUGGCAUUCGGGUGCAUUUCCUUUGGGAUCAUCCUGAAUGGCAUGCCGAUCUCCAUCCUGUUUAACAAAUUCUCUGACUAUUACACCAAGCUCAAGGAGCACGAAUAUUCCUUAGCUGUAAAAGAAAGGGGAGCAAUCGACUUUAAACGCAGAGCUGUGAAGAAACUAGCGAACUGCUGCAAUGUCACAAACCAGAACUGAAUCAAUCAACUACAUCAAUAUUUCUUGGCUCACACACAAAAACUGCAAACACUGAAAAUCUGAAACUAGUAACUCCCGAGCAGAGUCAAGGCAGGUUCCCGAGGGCUCUCACUGCUCAGCUGACUGACUAACACAAGAGUAUCAGCAACUUGGCCACGGACCCUGCGCCACUAUCCUCCUGUGGAAGAAACAAUAAGUCAAUCUCCUUCAUAACAGGAGAAAAUUGGUUGGAAAAAACAGAGCAAAACAAAUCAA